AGUCCUUUGCGGACCAAAGUGAGAUGUAUAUCAUCUCUUAUCUCUCACUACAAGACAAAACAAUCACGAGAAUACCUCUUUCCCUUCUCCAAAAUCUAAUCCUCCCAUGGAGUCUCCUCCCGUCUUCUCCUCCUCCUCAGAUCUCUCCUAAAUUCACACACACAAAGCCAUGUCUUACCUUCUUCGCUCCGAACCCGUCUCUCGGAUCCACCCGGAGCCUCAGCCCUUAGACGACAUCGACCACUUCGACCAUCUCCCCGACUCUCUCCUCCUCCUCAUCUUCGAUAAAGUCGCCGACGUCAAAGAUCUCGGCCGCUGCUGCAUCGUCUCCCGCAGAUUCCACUCCCUCGUCCCUUUCGUCGAGAACGUCCUCGUCCGCGUCGACUGCGUCAUCUCCGACGACGACGAUCGUCGCUUCUCGCUAAACACCGCAUCGAUCUCCGACGCCUCCGCCGGUGGCUCCUUCUCCGCCUUGUUCCGCCUCGUCUUUGCUCCGAUCUUCAAGCCGUUUCAAGCGCUGGGACAGUUCCUAGGGCCGAGACGAUCGUUAUCGUCUCUCGAGGACGAGACUGAUCAGAGCGGCGUCACGCACCACUCGCCGACGCAGGUUCUGAAAAACUUCGCCGAGAUUCGGUUUCUGAGGAUCGAACUGCCGACGGGGGAGCUGGGGAUCGAAGACGGUAUCUUGCUGAAGUGGAGAGCUGACUUCGGAUCCACGCUUGAUAACUGCAUGAUACUCGGCGCGUCUUCCGUGACUCGGUCGAGUUCAGAUCUCGAGAGUCCUCUUCUUGAUGACGACAAUGGUAACAUACCUGAGUCGUUCUACACUAACGGAGGACUUAAGCUCCGUGUUGUCUGGACGAUCAGCUCAUUAAUCGCCGCCUCGGCUCGGCAUUAUCUUCUUCAACCGAUCAUAACCGAGCACAAGACGUUGGAUCGUCUUGUUCUGUCUGACGCUGAUGGGCAGGGUGUCCUGUCUAUGAACCGAGAACAGCUUGAGGAGCUUAGGGUGACUCCUUUGUCCGCUUCUUCAGCUUCGAAGCGGACGCUUGUGCCGGCGUUGAACAUGAGGCUGUGGUAUGCGCCGCAGUUGGAUUUACCUGAUGGCACUGUUCUGACAGGUGCGACGUUGGUGGCUAUUAGGCCGAGCGAGUCGAAGAAGGAAGUUUGUGAUGCUUCUUGGUUGGCUGAUGCAUUUGAGGAACCGUUUGGGACCGCUGCGAGGAUGUUGAUCAAGAGGAGGACUUAUUGUCUGGAGAUGAACUCGUUUUGAUUUGGGCACUACGACGGUUUCAGAUAGGGAGAGCAAGCAAGUCCACGUAUAUUGGAGAAUGAAGGAAAGAAAAGAGAAGAAACAAAAAGAUCACAAAUGUACUAAAUUGCAACAACUCUCUGGCUUUUGAUGCAAAGGAGUUUCCAAUCGAAUGAUUCUUCUAUAAGGGAUGCAGGAGGAUUAAGAAACUGAAGUACGCAAAUUGUACAUAUACCGCUUGUAGAAGAAGAAUGUGAAUGAGCAAGAACAUGUGUUUUUUGGUCUGUGUUUAAAGGCGUUGAAAGGACAUGUUAGGAUGGGAAGGAAUUAUGUUACAUACGAGUUUGUAAUAAAUUAUUUUCAGCUUUA